UCUACUACUGCACCACCCACAAGUGACCAAGAGGAGAAAGCGUUGAAGUAUGUGGGUGGGGUUGAUAUAAGUUAUUCAAAGGAACAGCCAUCUAUGGCAUGUGGGACUCUUGUAGUUUUGGACAUUCAUACCCUCCAAGUUGUUUACGAAGAUUACUCUGUUCUCACCCUCAGUGUCCCUUAUGUUCCUGGCUUCCUUGCAUUCAGAGAGGCCCCGGUGCUUCUUGAGCUUUUGGAGAAGAUGAAAGCCGGUGCUAAUCUUUCCUAUCCACUUAUGGAAAUGGAAUACUUCAUCCUUGAGCUUCAUCAUGUGGAUGGUCUAACACUAUCUGGCGUGAGGCAACUUCUUAAAGCCAAAAAAGACUGUGCUGAAGAUUUUAUUACUUUGACAGGAUGCUCAGGGCGUAUAUGGGGAGUGGCAAUGAGAUCUACAGACGGCUGCUUGAAGCCUAUAUUUAUUUCAAUUGGUGACCGCAUUUCGCUUGAUACUGCCAUCAAAAUUGUAAAAAUGACUUGCAAGUAUCGUGUGCCAGAGUCUAUCCGGCAGGCUGAUAUCAGAUCUAGAGAAUAUCUUCGGAAGCAUCAAGGGAAGAUCUAUAAAUGAUUCACUCCCAAGAAUCUGGUAGUUACAAAUCAUGGACCUGGUGUUCCGAACUUUACAAAUCGUAAUUUAAAUCAAAUAGCUGGCGUUGCUUUCAUAUAUUGGGAAAACUGCAAUUGUUAACCAAGCAAACUUUUGUGA